GAAAUAUGGCCGCAUUUGACAUGUCAGAUCCCCAAGCUAUUGUCUCCCCUGGAGGUGUCGGCUUUGACAUUAAUUGUGGGGUUCGUCUAAUCCGAACAAACUUACAUCUUAAAGACGUUUUACCGGUUAAAGAGCAGCUUACCCAAGCACUCUUCGACCAUAUUCCAGUUGGAGUUGGCUCAAAAGGCGUAAUACCAAUGAACGCUGAAGCUUUAGAAGAGGCUCUCGAAAUGGGAAUGGAUUGGUCACUAAGACAAGGAGCAAGCUUCAUCAUAUGUAUUUAUAUUCCUGAAUUUUUAUUGAGAUCAGGCUACGUUUGGGCCGACGAUAAAGAACAUUGUGAAGAAUAUGGCCGCAUGCUUCAGGCCGAUCCCUCUAAGGUCUCUUCUCGCGCGAAGAAGCGAGGCUUACCUCAGUUAGGAACCCUUGGCGCGGGCAAUCAUUACGCUGAAGUACAGGUUGUUGAAGAGAUAUAUGAUCGUCAUGCGGCUACCAAGAUGGGCAUUGACCAUAAAAAUCAGGUUGUCGUGAUGAUACACUGUGGGAGUCGUGGCCUUGGUCACCAAGUAAGCGUUCGUCAUUUUUAA